UGUCAGUUGUUGUCUUCAGGUGUUUGGGCUUGUUGUACUGUAUACUCAGUGGGUUCGCGGCCGCCGGCCGAGUGAGGCUGGGUUCGAGGAGCUGGAGCGGGAAACUGGAGCUUAAAUUCUGGCGGUGAGAUGGACAUUCUGAAAUCAGAGAUCCUUCGGAAGCGGCAGCUGGUGGAGGACAGGAACCUGCUGGUGGAAAAUAAAAAAUAUUUCAAGCGUAGUGAGCUCGCCAAAAAAGAAGAGGAAGCAUAUUUUGAAAGAUGUGGGUACAAGCCUAUAAAUGAGAAGCCAUCUGGAGAGAUACAGCCAAAAGAGGAGGACCAGAAACCAUUAACUUCAUCGAAUCCAGUGUUAGAACUUGAACUGGCAGAGGAAAAAUUACCUAUGACGCUUUCUAGGCAAGAGGUAAUCAGAAGAUUGAGAGAAAGAGGAGAACCAAUCAGACUAUUUGGAGAAACUGAUUAUGAUGCUUUUCAGCGUUUAAGGAAAAUAGAGAUCCUCACACCAGAAGUUAACAAGGGAUUGAGGAAUGAUCUGAAAGCAGCCUUGGACAAGAUUGAUCAGCAGUACCUCAAUGAAAUCGUCGGUGGUCAGGAGCCUGGAGAGGAAGACACACAGAAUGAUCUGAAAGUUCAUGAGGAAAAUACCACAAUUGAAGAGUUAGAGGCGCUGGGAGAGUCCUUAGGGAAAGGCGAUGAUCAUAAAGACAUGGACAUCAUCACCAAAUUCCUCAAGUUUCUUCUUGGCGUUUGGGCUAAAGAAUUGAAUGCCAGAGAAGAUUAUGUGAAACGCAGUGUGCAGGGUAAACUGAACAGUGCGACCCAGAAACAGACCGAGUCCUACCUCAGACCACUUUUCAGAAAGCUACGGAAAAGGAAUCUUCCUGCUGAUAUUAAAGAAUCAAUAACGGAUAUUAUUAAAUUCAUGUUGCAGAGAGAAUAUGUGAAGGUACAUUCCCAUGCUGUUCUUUGA